UCAAAGGCUUAGUCAGUUCGUAGCACUCGAGGUAAACGCUUCGACAGUGUUCAUUCCAUUACAUUACAUUUUGCAAUUUUUUUACGGUUGUUUGUACGUUUUAAUUAAAUUUAUAAUUUAUUUUUAUAAAAUGAGUAUCUUUUUCUGUGUUCUCACUGUUUUUGGGCUGGCACAAGCCACAAUGGGGACUAUUGCGCCAGACGCGGCGACCUUCUUUGACUCGACUAUCCAUGGAAAUCUUACCAAAAUUACUUGGGUGCAUGCAGUCAAUGAUUUUAAAAAAUUGAACCAAACUUUGGAUGACGAAUCGAUAAUGAUGGUGGAAGCUGAUGUUGUUUUGGGAACUGUUGGCAACUCCUCAGAAAUAAUUCCAAUAAUGGCACAUCCACCAGAUAAUACCAGCGAUUUGUCACUCGCUGAUUUUUUGACAGCCAUGAUUAAACACAAGAAGAAGGGUAUUAAAUUAGACUUCAAGACUAUCGAGACUUUUAAUGCUAGUUUGGAAAUUCUGACUAAACAUCGCGAAAACAUGACAUUCCCAGUAUGGCUGAAUGCAGACAUUCUUAGCGGACCAGUUGACGCAGAUACCAAACCCGUUGACUCAAAACAAUUUUUAUCACUCGCCAAUAAAACUUUACCAGAAAGUACUUUGUCAGUUGGUUGGACUACCAGGUAUGGAAUCCAAAAUGUGAUAUUUUCCGGCAACUAUAGCGAGGCACAAAUUGAUGAAAUGAUAAAAUCGGUUUCGAACACAUCCCAGCCGAUAACUUAUCCAGUACGAGCUGGUCUUGCAGCAGGCGACAUCACCGUCUGGUCAAAACUCUUGAACAGCACUGCAGAUAAAAAUGCCACCCUGACUAUCUGGUCAACAGAAGGCGACAAAGUGGACGUUGACCAGUUGAUAAAGUUGAUCCAAGAAGUCGGAUACGAUCGAGUGUAUGUCGAUGUCCCCGAAAAACUGCGAAAACAACUGGCGGGAUCCGCGACGUCAGCGAGCAUCUCUACCUUCGUGUUACUCAGCUCCAUUUUCCUGGGAAAUGUUCUGCUGGCGAAUUUGUUUUAAUCAAGAAUUAAUUAAUAUUUAAUUAUAUUGUUUAUAGCUUUAAGUAUCCACUUACAUUCUUCAAUCACUUUACAUUUAUUAUUAUUAUUAUGAUUAUUAUAAUUUUAAUUAUUGUGUAAUUGUUAAGAAAUAAAGUAAUUCAAAUUUUUCACAAC